GGCUCGAGAGCGCGGCCGGCUGUGUCGCGCGCUGGAUCGCCGCGGGCUGCUGGUGACUGUCCCGGAGUGGCUGGAGUUCCCGCCGGAGCGCGGCCAGACUGAUUUUGAAAAAUGCCAAGUCGGAAGUUUGCUGAGGGCGAAGUGGUCAGAGGCCGAUGGCCUGGGAGCUCCCUGUAUUAUGAGGUAGAGAUUCUGAGCCAUGACAACAAGUCCCAGGUCUACACCGUAAAAUACAAAGAUGGCACCGAGCUGGAGCUGAAGGAGAGUGACAUCAAGCCUUUAAAGUCCUUUAAGCAGAGAAAGAGUGGCUCAACUUCCAGCUCUCCUUCAAGACGCCGCAGCAGCCGCAGCCGCUCCCGAUCACGCUCCCGAUCCCCGGGCCGGGCACCCAAAGGUUCCAGAAGAUCAGUCUCUGCUUCCUACCAGGCUGACGCCAAGGAAAAGGAAAUGAGGAGGGAGAUUUUGCAAGUUAAAUUGACUCCGCUCGUGCUGAAGCCGUUUGCAAACAGCGUCAGUGUGUACAACGGGGAGCCCGAACACAUGGAGAAGAACGCCACACCUCCUAAAAACAAGCAGGAAAGAGUCAUUUUGUCAACAGAAGACAGUUAUAUAGCUACACAGUACAGCCUUCGCCCCAGAAGAGAAGAGGUCAAAACCAAAAACAUAGAGUCCGAGGAACAAAACCUUGUCACCAAAGGACCUGCACCUUUGGGAACCUUUCAAGUGACCACUCCACAGAGGAGGGACUUGGAGUUCGGAGGAGUACCUGGUGCGCUCCUCAUUAUGCUUGGCCUGCCUGCCUGUGUCUUCCUGCUGCUGCUGCAGUGUGCGCAGAAGGACCCCGGGCUGCUCCGGUUCCCUCCACCUCUGCCAGCUCUCCGUGAGCUGUGGGAAGCCAGAGUGUGUGGCGUUUACCUCCUCUGGUUCUUCCUUCAAGCUCUCUUCUCCCUUCUACCAGUUGGGAAGGUUGUAGAAGGAACACCUCUUGUUGAUGGAAGAAGACUCAAGUACAGACUGAAUGGACUGUAUGCCUUCAUCCUGACAUCUGCAGCCGUGGGGACAGCUGUCUUCUGGGAAAUAGAACUAUAUUACCUGUACACUCACUUCCUGCAGUUUGCACUGGCAGCCAUUGUGUUUUCAGUGGUCCUGAGUGUUUACCUCUAUGCCCGCUCUUUGAAAGCCCGCAGGGAUGAGCUGUCACCUGCCAGUUCUGGAAAUGCUGUCUAUGACUUCUUCAUUGGCCGUGAGUUAAACCCUCGAAUUGGCGCUUUCGAUCUCAAGUUCUUCUGUGAAUUGCGCCCUGGAUUGAUCGGAUGGGUGGUCAUUAACUUGGUGAUGCUUUUGGCUGAAAUGAAAGUCCAGGAGCGUAGUGCUCCGUCCUUGGCGAUGACCCUGGUCAACAGCUUCCAGCUCCUGUAUGUGGUGGACGCCCUCUGGUUUGAGGAAGCAUUGCUGACCACCAUGGACAUCAUCCACGAUGGCUUUGGCUUCAUGCUGGCCUUUGGGGAUUUAGUGUGGGUUCCAUUUACCUACAGUCUCCAGGCCUUCUACCUGGUCAACCAUCCCCAGGACUUGUCCUGGCCAUUGGCUUCUGUCAUCAUCGCUCUGAAGCUGUGUGGAUAUGUAAUAUUCCGUUGUGCAAACUCUCAGAAAAAUGCUUUUCGGAAGAAUCCCACUGAUCCAAAGCUUGCACAUUUGAAGACCAUCCCUACUUCCACGGGGAAGAGUCUGCUUGUGUCUGGAUGGUGGGGCUUUGUUCGCCAUCCCAAUUACUUGGGUGAUCUCAUCAUGGCUCUGGCGUGGUCCCUCCCAUGUGGCUUCAACCACAUCCUGCCUUACUUCUAUGUCAUCUACUUCACCGCAUUGCUUAUCCAUCGAGAAGCCCGUGAUGAACACCAGUGCAGGAGGAAGUACGGCCUGGCCUGGGAGAAGUACUGCCAGCGCGUGCCCUACCGCAUAGUCCCCUACAUUUACUGACCUGUGCCGCUUGCCCCGCAGCUCAGACUCCCAGAAACAAGGGAAAGUCCAAAUGAACUAACACGAUGCACUGACAGGAUCUCCAGGUUGUUUCUGAGUCAGGACUCUAGAGCCAAAUAGUACAUCUUUUAAUGUAGCUGGAUUUAUUCUUAUUGAAGUGUGGCAGUUAAUGUAAGGUGAAAUACAAGGAUGCUAUAAUUUGCUUAUUAAUAGGAACAUUUUAAUCCCUAAAAAUCUGAAGUUUUAUUUUUGUAGUUUUUUUUUUCAAUUUUUUUUUCCUUUUUGCAUUUGAUUUUUAAUUGAGAUCUCUUAAAGUACAUCUAUGUUUCAUUGUGUUUAGAACAAAUUCUUUAAGUCAGUUUAUUAGUCUAUAAAUCAAGCAAAAACCUGCCCAGUAUUUAUUGGUGGUCUGUCUGAAGAAUAAGGGCAGAUAUUGCAGGACCUGUUGAAGGGAGACCAGUCAUAGCAGUGACUCCAUGUCAGCCUUUAAAAGUGCAUUUGGAAAUGUAAACACAGACUACUUUUAUGUAAUAUAAGGUGACUUUUGGUUUUUCUGUACAGUUUUUGAAUGUGAGAUAAUUGUCAGAAACUAAGUAGUUUUUUAACAAAAUAUUUUCAGUGUUUUAAAUUAAGUUUUGUAAAGUAAUGUGAAUUUAAAAGUAUAAAGGAAUUACAAUUCAUUUAAAGUUAAAAUAUAGGAAAGUUAUUUUUCUUUAUCCAAAGUUUGUGAAUUUGGCUUUGCUACCUCAAUUUGCAGGUGUGUGUUUGCCUUUAUAAACUGUUGCAAAUGGAAAAAAAAUAUAUUUUUGGAGUAAGAGCAAUAUUUAAACAUUUUUACACACAUCGUUGUUGGAAAAUUGCCAUUUUAGGCCACUAUUUUUAUAUAUUUUUUGACUUGCAAUUCAACAGUGUUUUUGCUACUGUUAGCUAAUACAAUUUAUACUAUUUUGUAUCCUUUAUGUUUUUAGAACUCUCUAGAAAGGAGUUCUACCUGAUACAACUUUUUAAGUUUUCUCUCUGUUUGGUAGAUGUGCGAGCAUAAGCUGGUCGUAGCCAUUCAAGUCUAGUGAGGUUGAGUUUGACAGUAACUGUCCUGGAGCAGGACAAGUGGCAAAUUCACUGGACUUUUAUUCAACGCUACAUCGUCCUCAGAACCUAAGGAUGCAUACACAUACAGUGUAUACGUGUGGGUUUGUUUCUCCUGUACAUAUCACAUAUGAGCCAGAUGCAGUGUUCAGCCUGUCCUGUAGCUUAGAGUAUACGCAAAGAAGCUGUGCUCAUGUAAUCGCGACGUGUCACUCUGCAUUCUGUAACUCUGUACAGCUUAUGACAGUGUCAUUGUUCAAUAGUACUAAUAGUUCAUGGGGGUUCGCUAUCGUGCUCUCUCUUGUGGUAUCAACAUGGUGUGUGCCCAGCAGCUUAGAAGGAAACUUUGGGUAAGACAUUGGGCUCUUUGCCUGGUAGUGAUAGGGCGGGCAGGGCCACCAUAUCUGGAUAUCAGGUGCAAGUUGUUUUUAAUAUGAUCUUUGGCAAGUUUUAUAAUAAAAUUUUGGUCAGAAACAAAAAGUUGAAAAUAAAGAGCUGCUGUUAGAGCCUCAUUUCUCUUUGCCACA